AUGGAAACGCCACUAACUGCAAGUUGCCCUCCCCAGUCACACCACCAACCUGACUUGGAUCUAUACCGUCGUUCCUUGACGGUUGCUGGGUCAAAACCCUGGAAUUGCCUCCCUUUAAGAUGCAGUGGGUGUGCCUACGCCACACGGGCUGCAGCAGUUCCAGAAGCCUGCUCACCACCACCUUCUAAAGGUCAUUUUGGGGUGGCCUUACCAGCAGCGCUUACAUCCCAAAACCGAAUUAAAAAAAAACAAGCUGAGAUUUUCCUGAAGACUCUACCUCCCGGUGCAGCUCACUUCUCAGACCAAAUCCCACUGAAGAAGCACAAGUCUAUCAAGCAAGCAAUGAAAGAAAAAGGGAUGCUUUCUUAUUUCUGGGAGCACCAUAAGAUGGAUAUGGUACAGAUGGGUCAAUCUCAGGAAUGUUCUGCCAUACAACGAUCAACUGAGCCUCUUCUCAAUUACAUGGAUGCUCAGUACGGAGGGGAGAUUUCUAUCGGCACACCUCCUCAGAAUUUCACCGUCGUAUUUGAUACCGGGUCAUCUAAUUUGUGGGUGCCGUCGGUUUAUUGCCACAGCCGAGCUUGCAGAGACCAUGACAAGUAUGCCCCAGAUAAAUCAUCAACUUAUACAAGGGAUGGACGCCCUUUCUCAAUCCAUUACGGUACAGGUAGUCUGACAGGAAUAAUUGGAAUAGACACGGUAACGGUUGAAGGCAUCUCUGUCAUGAACCAGAAAUUUGGUGAGAGUGUGACAGAGCCUGGCACUGCAUUUUUGUACUCCCCGUUUGAUGGGAUUCUUGGACUGGCCUAUCCAUCUAUUGCAGCAGCAGAUGCCACCCCUGUGUUUGACAACAUGAUGGCACAAGGCCUCGUGGACCUGCCCCUCUUCUCAGUGUAUCUCAGCAGGAAUCCAAAUGAUGAGAGUGGGAGCGAAAUCAUUUUUGGCGGAUUCGACACUUCGCACUUCACUGGUGAACUCCACUGGGUUCCUGUGACCACUCAGGGAUACUGGCAAAUUCAGUUAGAUAAUGUGAAAGUUGGUGGAACUGUUGCGUUCUGUGAAAAUGGAUGCAAAGCCAUUGUUGACACUGGCACAUCUCUCCUUACUGGGCCGAGUAAGAACAUUAAUGAACUGCAGAAACUCAUUGGUGCCAUUUCCAGUAGGGACGGGAUGUACUCCGUAGAUUGUGGUUAUCUAUCCAGCAUGCCUGACGUGACGUUCACAAUAGGGGGGUUCGAGUACGUUCUUCCUCCUCAGGCCUACACUCUUCAGGAAGAGGAAGAAUGGGGGCAAGUUGAUUGCAGCAGUGGAUUCCAGGGCAUGGACCUCCCUCCCCCUGCUGGGCCACUCUGGAUCCUGGGAGACGUCUUCAUCGGCUAUUAUUACGCUGUGUUUGACAGAGGGAACAAUAGAGUGGGGCUGGCUAAAUCCAUUCCGUGAUAUCUCAAUGCAUAGGCUCAGAUGGAUGGAGUUUCCAUGUUUGUUGCAGUUAGUUAGAACAUUGCUAAAAAAAGAAAUUAAAUCAGCGUAUCAUCACUUUUGAAAUUGACAUUAAAAAUGUUUGUUGAGGAGGGGGAGAGGUUGUUCGGGUGUUAAAAUUCAUAAAAUAGCCUCACUGAAACCUUUAAUGCUUCACACAUCGGUACAAGUCUGUGCCACAGCAUACAAAUCCCACAGCACAAUCUUUACCACUGUCUUUGAUUUUCUUCUGGGUUUUGUUUUAAAGAAAGUUGUUAAAACAUAUUUCAGGGCACAGACAAUCAUUAUCGCUCACAAUUAUGCUUCU